AUCGAAGUACUUCCCUCAGUGUGCAAAUAAAGAAUCGGCACAUAAUUUUCUUCUAAAUGGACAAUAAUUUAUGUUUAAAAACUAUAAAAAACGGCGAUCCAACCAUCAAGCAAGCCCAACUGACAUUGACAUCCAUUGUAAUGAAGCCAUGGCCGAGUCUUAUCCGCAUCAAGUUGACGACUUGGACUCCGACCGAGGAUUGAAACGGCCCCUGGAGACUACAAGCACUAGUGCCAGUGACGACUCAGCCGACGAGUUCUGCAGUCCAACAUCCCCAAAGCGACUGAAGUUUGAUGACUUUGCCAUUGGCACAGACAGCCCACCAGAGCCUCGUGGCCUCCUCUCCCCACUCGGUGACUUCAGCAGUGCAGGCCGACUCAAAGACUUGGUCCUCCCAGCCAGUAGUCAUGAGCAGGGCACGGACGACGCCACCGAAGAAUCUGCACAGAGUGAUCAGCCUCAGCCGGACCCUACCAAAGAGAAGGAAUCGGAAGGGCAGCGGCUGGGUCCCGGAGGGUCGAAGGAAGGGGAGCCAGAAGGGGACCCAGAAGGGGACCCAGAGGGGGACAGAGAGGGGGACAGACCAGCCGGGCCACGGUUGGAACGGUCCCUGAGCGCCGUCGAGGAGAGCAAACUGAAGGAGCAAAUAGAAGAGGAGAUGAGACAGAAGAAACAGAUCUUGGUGGAUUCCCUUUCCGAAGCACAGCUGAACAGGUACGAAGUGUACAGGAGGUCAUCGUUCCCCAAGGCAGCCGUCAAAAGGUACAUGCAGUCCAUCACAGGGUGUAGUGCCUCGCACAACGUUGUCAUAGCAAUGUCAGGAAUCGCUAAGGUGUACGUUGGAGAAAUUGUUGAAGAAGCGUUAGACGUCCUGGAGCAGUGGGGUGACACAGGACCGCUGCAGCCCAAGCAUAUCAGAGAGGCCGUGAGGAGGCUCAAGUCCCAGGACAAAGUGCCGACCAAAAGACACAAGCCACUGUUUAGGUAGCAGCUACUGGCCUGAGCCGUAGCCAUAGCCUGGUUUUUAGUUACCCCAUCAGAGUGCAGCUGCAGCUUGGUGUCAUUUUAUCUACAGUUGCUUUGCUCUGGCCAGGAGUGGACGAGAGCGUAGUUUUCUCAUUUGGAAACCUUGCCUGAGUAGGCCCGCACGUGCACCACAGAGGGCGUUCCUCGGUACGAGGAAGGCUCAGUUCUUGUGCUUGAUUUCAGUCGAGAUGUUUAGUUGGUGCUUUUACCCCACUGUGUACCCUCUCGCAAAUGAAAUUAAAAAAAAAAAUGUUAAUGAACGAAAAUACGAACAAAAAAGGGAGAAAUGGGGACGAUAACACCAAAUUGCUUGAAAAUUCCCCGGAGUGAACCCCUUCAAACGGGGGUCGGUCAAUUUGCUGCUGCAAAAUGCUUUACCCAACCCCCCCUCUAACGACAUCCAUGAUACAUGAAACACACCUUUUGGUGACAACACAUACACCUGCUGUGACACCAAGACUCAAGAAAAACUCUUCCUCACACUGGCUAGCUAAUGUCUUGGGUUUUACUCAGGGUCACACCUGCUUCAGUUUAAUAAUUUUUUUCAAGAUCACUACGGUGACACCCACUUUUCUCAACCACUCCUACUCACAGGAUACAUAAUGUGACAAAAUACUCUCCUGAUUGGCUUGGACAAUCAUACAUAUUCAUGACAACAUACGACUCUGAAAGCUAAUUGGCUACUUCUAGAGUACAGUGUAUGAUGACUAUGCACUCUGGCCUAGGUGAACCUGUACAUGUCAAAUGUGAACUGUUAUAGUAAAAAGCAGUUAUUUGCAAAGAAAUCUCUCUUGCAUUGAACUAUGAUGUAAAGGACUACUUUCAAAAUGUCUGUCCCUGCAAAGGUUGUAUCUCAACACUUACCACCGAAACGUGACCGGCUCCCUCAAAAUGGGUCAAAAGGCCAUAUUUUUUAGGUCAUGGUAUUUUCCUGUAGUUUGCAUGAGAAAAAGCAAACUUGAGUUCUCUGGUCUGAUGUUUCACCCAUUCUGACAUCUUGACCAAGACGGGCAAAAAGUGUUGCGGCUUCUACUGAUUUACUUACACAUUGCAAGAUUCUCUCAAAAAUGUUUCGCUCCAAAGUUGUUCUGGCACUUUGCGCCCCAUUUUGUCAGGAUGGGUCAUAAUUGUAGUUAAUCAUUUACACGGAGUUCACUAAUAAAUGAAUAAAUAAUUUAAA